AUGGCAUCUCCGAACAUUACCCGUAGCCGAGAGGGAUCGGAUUCUUCAUUUGACUCGGACUCUGAGCUCUUCAAGCACGAAAUCAUCAAGCAUGAUCCUGCCGGCUUAGGCACCUCCAAAACACCAUGGCAACAAACUCUAGCUGCAAAUCGAAGUACUGCGCCUGGCGACAUCAACGACGGCCUCAUGGAGCUCCUCAUAAUGAUAAAUGCCUGCAAGACCGCUUCAGCUCGUCGAAUCACAGCGGUCAUUCCCAAUUUCCCAUACGCCCGUCAGGAUAAGAAGGACAAGUCUCGCGCUCCUAUCACUGCGAAGCUCAUGGCGAACAUGCUACAGACAGCAGGCUGCUCUCACGUCAUCACGAUGGAUCUACACGCGUCGCAGAUACAAGGUCUGUCCAUGCCUCAGACCCUACAUUCAAGCAAGCUUCUGAUCAUUGCAGGUUUCUUCAAUGUACCGGUCGACAACCUGUAUGCCGAGCCAAGUUAUCUCCGUUGGAUCCGAGACAAUGUCGACGUCCGCAAAGCAGUGAUCGUGUCUCCAGAUGCUGGAGGAGCCAAGAGAGCGACGAGCUUGGCUGAUAGGCUUGAUUUGAACUUCGCUUUGAUCCAUAAGGAGCGUAGCCGACCAAACGAGGUCUCGAAGAUGACCCUUGUGGGCAACGUCAAAGACAAAUGCGCCAUCCUAGUCGACGACAUGGCCGACACAUGCGGAACCCUCGCCAAAGCCGCCAACACCCUCCGCGAACACGGCGCUUCCUCAAUCGUAGCGCUGGUCACGCACGGCAUCUUCUCCGGCAACGCCUUGAAAACCCUCAACGACUGCGACGCCCUCAGCCGCGUCGUCGCCACCAACACCGUGCCCUUCUCCGAGAAGCGAAAGCAGUGCCCCAAGUUGGAGGAGAUCGAUGUUUCACCCACGCUCGCGGAGGCUUGUAGACGAACGCAUAAUGGCGAGAGCGUGUCUUUCUUGUUCAGCCACGCGCCUAUGGAGUAG